CGUCAGCCAUUUUUUGGGCAUUAUGGGUAUGGCCGCUCUCUUCCAAGCAACUCCAUUGGAUUUAAAUGCCCUGACUUGAUUUCAUUUCCUCACAAAACAAAAAAAGAAUGAAAGAGCACAGCGAUACCAAACAAGGCUGGUUCGCCAGGUGCAUGAAGGCACCCAUCAGGCUCCUCAACAAAGCCAAGCACUUCUACAUCCACGGCAUCACCGAGUGCUCCGGCCGCUUCCCUUACCUUGACGCCGCCAUGGGCUGCCCCACCGGCCAACUGUCAACCCUCCCUCGCAGCUUCAGCGUUAGCUCUGCCAGAUCAAGCUCCGUUGAGGAUUAUAAGGACCUUAUCAAGGCUGCUGCUGCCAGGAGUUCUGUCAGCCGAGUUGAUUUUGACGUACCGGCAAAACAGCCGGCGCCGCAGGUGAGAGUGCCUCGGAGUCGCAGCGUUGUCAUUGGAAGAAUCGACGAAGACAAACCCUGUGAAUAUGGAGAUGAUCUUCCGAUCAGGCCUAUCGUAUAUCCAAGAAGCAAAAGCUAUGCUGCCCGCAGAAGAUCAGCAGUGGUUUGACAUUCAAGCAAAACUAUGCUUGGACGGGAAUGAAACAGAUCAACUAGAAAAAUGAAAUAUUAUCCAUACUCGUAUAGACAGUGCUUUGUUU